UUUCAGAUAAUUUAAAACAAACAAACAAAAUCCACCUAUAAUCUCACUCCCAGAGAUAACCACUGUUGACAUUUUGGUGUUUGCUUUUCCAGAUAUUUUUUCCAUGGCACACAUAUGCAGGAUAAUUGAAUAAUAUCAUGAUAUGGCUUUAUUACUGGUUCUUUUUGCUUAAUUGCAUAUCACAAACAUAUUUCCGUAUUAAUAGAUGUUUUAGCACAUCAUUUAAAAAAAGAUUUAUUUGAGAGAGCAGGAGGGGGAGGGGCAGAGGAAGGAGAGAGAAUCUCAAGCAGACCCCCUGCUGGGCAAGGAGCCUGACGCAAGGCUCGAUCUCAUGACCCUGAGAUCAUGAACUGAGCCAAAACCAAGAGCUGAACGCUCAACCGUGUCACCCAGGUGCCCCUUAUCACAUCAUUUUAAAGGCUGCAGAAUGUCUCUUCAUGUGGUUGGAGCAGAAUGUCUUUAAUUAGCGUCCCACUGUUGACGGAGUAUGUAGUUUUCCAUACUUCACUGGUAGAGCCGUGCUUCUACGGGCAUCCCUACAAUCAAGCCUUUGCACAGGUCCUUGAUUAUUUCCAUGGGACAGAUUCCCAGCAGGGGAACUGCUGGAUCAAGGCUAUUACCUUUCAAGGCUUUUGAUAUGUACUCAAGGUGCUAUGGAUACACUCUGGAAUUCAGAGCUCCUUAAAGCUCAACGCAGAAACCUUUCUCAUGGCUUCAAAGUCAACUUUGAUCUUUCCUGUCUCUCAAAUCCAUUUGCAGGGAUAAUUGCCCAUCUCAUAAGUAGUCUUUGCUGGGCGCCAGGCUCUAAGAGUUUUACCUUCAGACAUACUACUUUCCUCUUCAGAAGACACUGAGGCACAGGCUAAGCAAUUCAACUGGGAUCACAGCCCUGAGAAGUAGUGCCUUUGGGGUCAUGAGCCUCAAUAACAUGGUUCCAGAACCUAUGUUGUUCACUGCUUUUUGGGAAGUGCUUUUGAUUUAAUCUCCAGAGAUGGUUUUUAUUCCUUCCCUUGGAUCUUCUCUGUCAUGGCCUUGUCUAAGUCAAGCACCACCAUCCCAGCCUGAAUGAUGAAGUCCCUCAUGGUCUUUUACUUCCACUCUGUCCUUUUUAGUCUGUUCUCUGCUCUGCAGCUGGAAUGCUGUUGUUGUUAUUAAAGAUUUUAUUUAUUUGAGAGAGAGGGAUUGAGAGAGUGCACAAGAGGGGGUAGGGUCACAGGGAGAAGCAGACUCCCCACUGAACAGGAAGCCUGAUGCGGGACUCGAUCCUGGAACUCCAGGCAGUUGCUUAACCAACUGAGCCACCCAGGCACCCUAAAGAUUUUAUUUUUUAAGCAAUCUCUACACCCACUGCACCUCAGGCUUCUUUCACUUCCCGAAUCUGGCAGAGCCUUUUUUCACCUUGGGGCUUCGGUACAUGUUGUUCCCUUGGCCCAGAACGUCCUUCCUCCACGCUGUGUGGCUGGUUUCUUGUUGUCCUUCACAUGCAGCUUUCAGACCCCCUCUUUGCAGCAACCCUUCCUGGUGGUUUCCUAUGGAGGCCGUUCCCUAAGCCCAUUUUCCUUUCUGUCCUUUGUAGCACGCAUUACAUAUUUAUUUAUUACCCACUGCUCACUAGACAUCUUUUUCCCUCAUGACACUCUAAAUGUCAUGAGGUCAAAGUCAUGCCUCUUUGGUUCACCAUUGUUUACCCAGUGCCUAGUACAGUUCCGGACAUGCAGUUGGUGCUCGAUACCUUAAUAACUGUGGAAUGACUGGUCCACAGAAGACAUUUGUAGGUAAGGAUCCUUGAUAAACUCCCAGCUUCGGCCAGAGCUGUUCUAUCCUCCUUCUUCAUCCCUUUGUUUCCUCCUCCCUAUGUGGAGCAGUGAAAGAAGUCUAGAAGGAAACCCGGAAGCCAUGGGCAGGAGAGUGUCAGCAGGUUUUGGUUUCAACUCAGUCAGGGCGGAUGGUGUCCUUGGAGGCACACCAGGGAGACUUGGUUCCCCCAAACCCCCUGCACGCUUCCUGGAUUCCUACGAGAGACUCCUGGCAUGAGGAAUCUCCUGAUCAGGCGCUAAACACUUACUAUGUGGUGAAUAACAUACAUCCAGCAGGUGGUACCGCUGCCUAGCUGGGGUACCUUGGGUGAGAGCCACUUCUUGCCUCCGGAGCGUCAGCAACGUGAGUGCUUAGGAUGGAGAAGUGGUUUUUCAACUUUUUUUGUCCCCCCCUCAGCAGCUCAACUCUUCAACUUAAUUCAAGUGAUCGAUAGGAGAAAAGCUAGGUGUUUCUGACUGAAAUGGGGAAGUGGGGCUGGAACUCUCCUUCCUGACUCCCUAAGUCCCCAAGGGCGGGGAGAUGGCCAACCUUUCUUUGGCCAUCUAAGACCUCAGGGGUCACUGCCUGCCAGGCUGAUUGUCCGUGUAAGAACAAAGAUGGCAGCAAGACUUGCGUGGUUACAGCUACUUGGGCACAUUAAAUUAUUAGGAAGGGAGGGUGCCUGGCUGGCUCAAAGGACCAUGUGACUCGAUCUUGUGGUAGUGAGUUCAAGCCUCACGCUGGGUGUAGAUGUCACUUAAAAAUAAACAAAUUUGCUGAGUCUGCGGUGCAGAGAUUUUAGGCUGUGUAGCAGAUAAACUUCAGAGCCCCUUUGUUAGGAGGAGGUUUUAGCCAUUUUAGAAAAGAAACGAGGGCCUAGGAGAGAUGCCCAGAGGCUCAUUUACCCCCCUCCACAAUCUAGGAAAAGGAAAUUGCCACCCCUACCUUCCUAGGCCAUGGAUCCCAGGUCUUGAAGAGACUGCCCACAAUCUUGCAGAUGUUUGGCUUCCACGGUUGGUUGUUUGCCACACCCUGGGGGAACUCUGGUCCCCCACCUCCCUACCCCCUGCCACCCAGGCAGCUCUGUGGCCUGUGCUGCAGGUAGGUGUGCUCAAGAGGCUGCAGACCAGGCCACCUGGCAGCUCCAGGUGCUGUGUGUGUGUGCUGCCAUGGAGACAGGCCCCAGGGCUGGUGGCUGGUAGAGAGAAGGCAGUCUCCCAAAGCUGUGUGGAUUCAGGAGAGGGAAAGACUGGAGCCUUGGGUCCUUCAGGUAGUCUGCCUGACCACCUAGUACCAAGGAAGCCCAGGACAUUCCUGCCAGGCCUCCCGGUGUCUCAUCUGAGGAUGGCGGAGCGGCAGGGCCAGGAGCCUGAGUGCCCUGUCUGCUGGAACCCCUUCAACAACACAUUUCACACCCCCAAAGUGCUGGACUGUUGUCACUCCUUCUGUGUGGAAUGCCUGGCCCACCUCAGCCUGGUAACUCCAGCCCGGCGCCAGCUGCUGUGCCCACUCUGUCGCCAGCCCACUGUGCUGGCCUCUGGGCAGCCGGUCACAGACUUGCCCACAGAUACCGCCGUGCUCACCCUGCUUCGCCUGGAGCCCCACCACGUCAUCCUGGAAGGCCACCAGCUCUGUCUCAAGGACCAGCCCAAGAGCCGCUACUUCCUGCGCCAGCCCCGGGUCUAUACGCUGGACCUAGGCCCCGAGCCUGGGAGCCAAACGGGAGCCCCCCAGGACGUGGGCCCUACCACCAGGUCUCUGCCCAUUCCCAUCCCCAGCCACUACUCUCUGAGGGAGUGUUUCCGCAACCCUCAGUUCCGGAUCUUUUCUUACCUGAUGGCUGUUAUCCUCAGUGUCACUCUGUUGCUCAUCUUCUCCAUCUUUUGGACCAACCAAUUCCUUUGGGGUGUGGCGUGAGCACUGCUUCUGGGCAAGGAACCACGC